CACCAGUGUUUGAAUUGAUCUGACUUUUCGAACAUUGGGACAACUAGAAGGGGGGCAGCUUAUGGAGGCAGUGUAUGUUGGCCACACACACGUAGAUGAAUCGACUUCCUGCUUAUCAUCUUUUAUACAGCACCUCCCAUUCUAAAAAAAACGAAAAAAAAAGAAAAAAAAAAAAAAAAACAUCAGUUCUCGUGGAUUAAUGGCUUUUGUUGGAAGCAUGAGAAAUGUAAAAGCUCUUCUUCCUUUUCUCUUUCUCUUUCCUUCUUGCACUGCAAUAUCUACCAUUACUCCCACACAACCAAUCAAAGAGGGCCAGACCCUUCUUUCUCCCGGUGAGGUCUUUGAACUGGGAUUCUUCAGUCCAAGAACUUCCACAAACCGCUAUGUCGGGAUAUGGUACCACAGCGUCCCACCCCAAACGGUGGUUUGGGUGGCCAACCGAGAAAACCCACUUAAGGAUUCAUCUGGAGUUUUCGCGGUAAGUGGGGACGGCAAUCUAGCGGUUUUAGAUGGAAGAGGAAACAGUCUCUGGUCAUCAAGCACUUCCACCACAUCGAACGAUACAACUGCAACGCUUGAAGACACAGGCAAUCUCAUUCUUAGGAUUGGAAAUUCAAAUAGUAGCAUCUUAUGGGAGAGCUUCGAUCAUCCAACGGAUUCGUUCCUGCCACUGAUGAAGCUCAGGGCCGAUCUAAAGACAGGGAAGAGGACGAUUCUAACAUCUUGGAAGGGCGAAGAGAAUCCUUCCCUGGGGAGUUUCACUUUAGGCCUUGAGCUUCAUAUGAUACCACAAAUGCUCGUAUGGAAUGGUUCGGCCCGAUACUGGCGAAGCAGGCAAUGGAAUGGAAGGAUAUUCAUUGGGAUGCCGUACAUGUACAACGUCUACCUUAACGGUGCCAACUUGGUUAUAGAUGAAGAGAAGAAGACAAUCUACUUCACAUAUUCUUACUACACUGAAGAAUAUACAAGAAUGUGGAUUGAAUGGUCAGGUGUGUUCAAGACGUCGAAUUGGAACCUACAAAGGAAGGAAUGGUCCAUUCCGUGGACGUACAUGCGUACGAGGUGUGGCCUUUAUGGCCUGUGCGGGCCGUUUGGGAUUUGCAAGGACUCGGGCUCGCAGAUAUGUGUCUGUAUGCAAGGAUUCGAGCCUAAGUCGAUUGCUGAGUGGAGUAGCGGGAAUUGGUCAGGUGGGUGUGCAAGGAAAGCCCAGUUGAAUUGUAGUAGUGGAGGGAAAGGAAAUGGAUUUUUGAAGAUUGGAGGAGUGAAAAUGCCAGAUUUUUCAGAUUGGAAGCGUGGCGUGGGUGAUGGAAAGACCUGCGAAGAUGACUGUCUGAAGAACUGUUCUUGUAUCGCCCACGCCUAUGUUGGUGGAAUUGGGUGUAUGAACUGGGGUGGAGAUUUGAUGGAUAUUGAAGAAUUCAGCUCUGGUGGAGAGAAUGAUCUUUACAUCCGUCUGGCAGAUUCCGAACUCGGUGGAAAGAGAGGUAUUAAGGCAAUUAUCAUAGUAGUAAUGGUGGUUUUAGGACUACUUAUCAUUGUUCUGUGUGCCUACAUUUAUAGGAGGUGGAUGACUAAACAAAGAGAGUCAGGUAGGCAGAGCAGAGAGCAGGCAUGUAGAAAUUCUUUGGAUGAAGAUAUAUUACUGAGAGGCAUGGUCCACGAAACAGAAGGCCCGGAACUACCUAUGUUCGAUUUCAGGAUCAUAGCAAAUUCAACAGACCAUUUUAGUCAUGCAAAUAAGCUUGGAGAAGGAGGUUUUGGUCCUGUUUACAAGGGAAAUUUGCAAAGCGGAGAGGAAAUAGCUGUGAAGAGGCUCUCAAAGAGCUCUGGACAGGGCUUAGAAGAGUUCAAGAACGAGGUUAAACUGAUAUCCAAGCUCCAGCACAGGAAUCUUGUUAAGAUUUUGGGAUGUUGCAUUGAAGGAGAAGAAAAGCUGUUGAUAUAUGAGUACAUGCCCAACAAAAGCUUGGAUGUCUUUCUCUUUGAUCCAAGCCAACAAUCAGUACUAGAUUGGGCCAAACGCUUCCACAUUGUGGAAGGGAUUGCUCGAGGGCUUCUUUAUCUUCAUCGAGAUUCGAGAUUGAAGAUUAUUCACAGAGAUCUCAAAGCAAGUAAUAUUCUACUAGAUGAAGGCUUGCAACCAAAAAUAUCAGAUUUCGGUAUGGCAAGGAUUUUCGGAGGUGAUCAGAAUCUAGCAAGAACUAACAGGGUUGUGGGGACUUACGGUUAUAUGUCCCCGGAGUAUGCUAUGGAAGGACGGUUUUCCGAGAAAUCUGAUGUCUUUAGCUUUGGGGUCUUGUUGUUAGAGAUUGUGAGUGGUAAGAGGAACUCUGGAUCUUUUCACCAUGAAGACUCUCUAAGCUUGUUGGGUCAUGCAUGGCUACUAUGGAACCAAAACAAGGUGUUGGAGAUGAUUGAUCCAGGGUUGAGAGGCCCAUUUUCACAAUCUGAAGUGCUGAGAUGCAUCCAUAUAGGGCUCUUGUGUGUGCAACAGUUUGCGACAGAUAGGCCCACCAUGGCAUCUGUAGUUUUCAUGCUUGGCAGCGAUAUCGCAAAUUUUCCUAUUCCAAAACAACCUGCGUUUACUGAAAGGAGAAGCCCGUUGGAAUCAGAUUCAUCGCAAAGGAGCUGCAAAAUAUGCUCAGUGAAUGAAGUCACUGUUACCAUCAUCCAGGGCCGAUAACGCAGAAAUGUCACCUACUUGCAAUAGUAUUAUUUUGGACCUGACUCUCUGUAGUGCUAAUGUGGCACACUUGUAAGAGAUCCAGUCCACUGAUCAAGUGAACUCAACUGAAUUUAUGUCAUUGGCCAAAAAAUCCAUCCAAUUAGGGCACCGGGUGGACCACAUGUCUUUACAUGCGGACUCUUGACCAUUAUAUGA